UGUGAGACUGGAGUUACUGCAUCAUUUGUACAUUUAAUAUUGUUUAUAAUAUAUUUCAGAGAGUUCACUUAAAUAGAUCUCACUCUAAAUUUCAGAGCCAGGCAAGAUUACUAAUGCACGUUUUGAGUCGUUCAACUCUCCUUCCUACUGUGAUGCCACAAAGGCCAAAGUUAAAUGGGAGGAGCCAGCACUUCAUGACAGAAAUUCAAAAAUUGUUAAAUAUAGCUUUGUUGUUGGCACAAUGAAAAUAGGAUACACAGUGCCAAACCCAGAUCCAUAUAGACUGAUAAAUAGAGUGUUUGAAAAAAACAUAACAAUGUUAAAACCUGAGUCAGAAUAUGAUGUAAUGAUUUAUGCAAUAAGCAGUAAUAAUCAUGAAGGGCAAGAAAAUACUCUGACAAUAAGAACGGAUGUAUGUGCACCCCCAGACUGGACUCCCUCAGACUUGAAUGCAGUAACGAUGCAAAGUUCCUCAACAUCUUAUGUUACCAUUCAGUUACCAAAUGCGUUCUUUAGCAAAACUGAGCAAGGAAAAUUGCAAGAAAUAGGAUUUAUUGUUUUACCUAGGGAAAGCAUAUAUUUUGAUGGUUUUCCACCCAUUAACCUUGAAAAACAUCAAAUGAUUGGCACAAUUCCCAAGAAUAAUGAGUUUACAAAAGAAUUCAGAGUAGAAGUUACUACAGAGGGCAUCACUAAUGGAAUGCUUAAGAUUGGUUCUGAUUGUACAUCAAACAGUGACUUUUGUAAUGGUCCACUUCCAGAACAAUUCUCAUUCAAAGUUGCAGCAUAUGCUUGCACAAGAAAAACUUUGUGUAGAGUAGCUAGACCAAUAGGACCGUAUGUUACUAAAGCUAAGCAGAUAGACAAUGGUAGUUCACCAUCGGGCCUGGUGAUUGGUCUAUCUGUCGUCAUGGUACUGUUAGCAGCUUGUGCGGCCUUCACCUUCCUGUGGUACAAAGAUUACAUUCAUCCAGGAUCGUGGUUUUCUAGGAAGAAUAACGACGAUAAUGAUGAUUCAUUCACAUCAUUAGAUAGAAUCGUUAAAAACAGGCCAAUUAAAGUUUGUAACUAUGUACGAGAAUUGGAUGAAAUGCACAAAGACACUAACCUUCUACUAUCUGACCAGUAUGAUGACAUCAACAAGUUGGGACAAAUAAUAGCAGAAAAUUCUACAACUCAUGCUGCUAGGCAUGAAAAUAAUACACCCAAGAAUAGAUGGGUCAAUAUAUUACCAUUUGACCAUAGUCGAGUAAAGCUUCAGCAACUGGAUGAGGAUGACCCAACAACAGACUAUAUAAAUGCUAAUUAUAUGCCUGGUUUUCACAACCAACGUGAGUACAUUGCUACACAGGGACCGUUGCCGGGAACUAUUGAUGAUUUUUGGCGAAUGGUUUGGGAGCAUGGGGUCAUGGUGAUUGUGAUGCUAACACAAUGUAAAGAAGGUAACCGGUGGAACAUGGAAGGACAGGUGAAAUGUGAGAAAUACUGGCCAGACGAACUGAGGGAACCUAAACAGUACGGAGAUGUGGUUGUUAAUCCAACCUCUAUAUCACAACUAGACAAAUACAACAUCUCAAUAUUUGAUGUCUCUGUGAAUGAUGAGACACGUCAAGUGAUCCAUUUUCACUACUUGGAUUUCCCAGAUUUCAGUGCGAACGUCGAGUUUGACCAUUUCAUCAACUUUGUGCGUACAGUUCGUAGUCAUGUACCACAUGAUAUGAAAGGACCAAUGGUCAUUCAUUGCAGUGCUGGUGUAGGAAGAACUGGUACAUUUAUAGCUACAGACAGAUUACACUUGUAUUUGUCUAGUGAUCAGUUUAGUGAGGAAGAUGAAGUUGAUAUAUUUGGUAUAGUGCUUAGUCUUAGAGAAAAUAGAGUAGCCAUGGUGCAAACAGAGUCCCAGUUUAUCAUGAUACAUGAUUGUUUUGAGAAAAUGUUGGAGGAGAAGAGGGCGGCUCUCAAGAUGACAGACUCAGGGGAAAAUCUGUACGAGAACCAGGGAUUUGACCAAACCCAUCCAGGAUCACAUCCAUUUCCAGAGACUUUAUAUGAGAAUGUGUCCUCUCAGGAACAAACAGAACUCUGACCUUUAACAAACAGAACUCUGACCUAAUUACGAACAGAACUCUGGAUUAGUAAUGGUGAAUUACAGUGAAACUUUGAUGUUUAACUAUUAACAAGGACUCAAAGAACUGAGGUGUAUAGUUGUAAUUAACAAUAUUUUAUAGAUACCAUGUAUCACCUUUCAUCUGGAACAAAACUGUUGGUGUACAGAUAUAACAGUAAAUAGAUCCUUGACGUACAGUUAUUUAUACCAACAAUCAGAACCAAGUAUAUCAACAUAUAGAAUUUUGGAGUAUAUUUAUUUAUAUUAGCAAGUAGAAUCUAGUUGUACAUUUUCAGUUAUUUAUACCAGGCAAUUGAUUCUUGGUGUACAUUAAUUUAUAACAGCAAAUAGAUAUGGUGACUCAUUAAGUACACAUAACGCGUUGCGUUGUCAAAAGCGACAACACAACCUAUAUCAUUAUCACCUUUUCGUCUUGUCGCUAGUGAAACGCGCCAAACGGCACGUUGUCACACUUUCGUCUUGUUGUCCUGUAGCUAGCGAAGCAAGCCAAAUGUCGUGUGGCAUGAUGUCAGCCUGUCGCUUGGCCUAUAUAGAUACAAAUAGCCUACAAUCCUUAGAUUUGAGCCGAGCAACAAUGUGACAUCGCGACAACAUCCCACAUGACAACACGCCGUUUAACGUGCAUCGUUAGCAACAAGACGAAAGUCCAACAACGCUCCAUUUGGCACUUUGUCAUGCUUUUGCUAGCGACAACACAAUGCACAAAAGUGUUCCAUAUCAGCCACCAUAAAUAGAGCCUUGGAGUUAAGGUAUUUUUAACAGCAAAUGGGUUCAAUUUAACUCCGUCAGGGACAUCUCGUUGUUUCCUUGAGCAAGAAUGUUUACACUCAUUGCUCAGUACUGGUUGGUUCCUGGAACGAAUUCGAAAGUGAGCCUAUAAGCUUACAGCUUCCUACACAAUUGAACUUAAAUAAAUUCUGUAUAAACCAACUAAUAUGCAGAAUAAUUAUGUUUAUUAAAAGGCAAUUUAAUUUAAAUUAACCAAAAUAUAAUUGACAAGAAUUAAACAUUACACCAAACUAGAAUUCAUUAUUACCAGGGCUUUUUUCACAGGAAGGGGCCCUUUCAUUAAAUUUGGGAGGAAAAAAAACUUGAUGUAAAUUGAAUUUUUGUGGAAAAUUGAAUGAUUUUACAGAAUUUUCUGGAGUUGGUGGGGUUGCUGCCCUAAUUCUAUUCCUGGUGUAAAAGAGUUAUUAUCUAAUCUGAUUAUGCUGAUAUAAUAUGCAAAAUGUAUGCUUAAAGAAUGUGUUAAUUUUACAUGGAAGAAAAUGAUAGUUUUCAAGAUGCUGCCAUGUCAGAAAUACGAUUGUUCAUAGUUUUUUCUACUCACAUAAAUUCAUUUGUUAUAUUUUUUCUACUGUGUGUAACACUUAGUUAUUAUGUUUUUUGAUUUGACCAUCAUUUCAUAUGUUUGUUGAUUUUGUCUGCUUUUUGUUGUUUAAAUAAUUGUUGAACAAUUAAAUAGUAUAUUAUAUAUAUUUUUGAUAUAUCAAGAUGAUAUUUUAAACCUGUACAUAUUGUAUUUAUCUAAAUGUAGCAGUACAUUCCAUUGUUUAUAUCUUUGGAGAUUAAAUAUUUAUUCGCAUGUUUAAUGUAAAAUAUGUAUUAUAAAAGAAAAAGGCAUUCUUACAUGCCCGAAGACCUUCGGGACGUAUGGCAUUGUCUGCUUGUUCGUAGACAAUAGAUUUCCGCAUAAUAACUUUUGAAUUAUAUUAAUAAUUUUCAGUUAUUGUCUUUAAAAUUGGCAUUUAAGUAUUUUGUAUUGAAACACAGGUUAAGGUUGAUUUUUGCUGCAAUCAAUUCAUUAUUGAUAGAGUUAUGCCCCUUUUAAAACUUUUGCUACUUGAAUUUAGUUUCUGCAGGAUAAUUUUGUAAAGAUAUCAGUGAUUGUGUUAAUGCUUGUCAUGCAAGUAUGUUAUAUAAAAGCAAAAGUUAAGUAUAAUUUUCACUGCAAUCAACUUAUUAUUGAAAGAGUUAUGCCCCUUUUCAAGCAGAUUCUCUGAAAUUAUUGAGUUCUGCAGAUUAACUUUUGAAGUAUUUAAGUGGUUUGAUAUAAUUGAUUUUAAACAGUCAAAAUUUGUCAGAAAAGUCAUCAUCUGUGUCGUUUAUAACAAAGAUUUGUUUUUGUCUAUGAUACAGUACCUUCUUAUAAAUUUGCCAUUGAGAGUAUCUUGCCAUGUCUCAGCAAAAGCUCUUGUUUAAUAUGUUAGACAUUCCCUGUAGACAUUCCCUGUAGAUGUGUUCAUUUGUAACAUAUAAAUAAAUUGUUACAAAUACAGUUUAAAGUAGCAUGCCUUCAGAUUUUAGCUAAAUUUUGAAAUGAAAAUUUGACGAUUGCACUGAUUAGUGAAAAUGUGCCAGUUAAGUGAUAAGUCCUAUUCUAAGGUGCUUUCUAUCCCAGCAGAGUUAUAUAUCUCAUGUCGCAAAAUGCCAAAAUAACUCUCACUACAUUAGUGACACAGUAGAAUUUUAAUAUUAAAAAUUCAUUCCAUCAUAUUCUGUUUUAAAUAUUCGAAUUUUCUCUUUGAUAGUAAAUAUUAAUGCAUUUCUUAAACAAUAUAUAUCUUUUCUUAAGUUUCUUUUUAAACAAUUUAACCAUCUGGAGGCAUGCCACUUUGAAUUGUGUGUUUGUAUAAUGAAUUAAAAUAGUGUAUAGAGGUCAUUAGGAUUUUUCAAAUCUAUAAAAAUUCUUUUUAAUCAUUUGUUGACAUAUCAUUUAGGGUCCAAAAACUUAACACUUGCUCUAAUGAGUCUUGCACAGCUUUGAAUAUGGUAAUUCUUUACAGACCAUUGUAUUCAUUAUUAAAGAUUUCAUUAUCAAGGACCUAAAAGUGAACAGCCAACAGAAUAGUGUCUUUUUAUUAGAAUGAUGUGCAAGCUGGUCUUGCUUACUUUUGAUAGGAUUCAAAGGGCUGAAAUUUAUAUGAUUUCUAUUUGAUAAAACCAUACAUAUUGAUAUGGUAGACCAACAUAUAUGCUGUAAAAUGUUUUUCUACUUAAAAGUUUGGUAUAUAGGAACGGCUGUUUUACAUGAUAUGUUUAUGAUUUGAACAAAUUUAGUGAAGUCUACACAGAACAAUAUGAUUAUGCUAUCUUGUAUGGUCUCGAUUUUGCCUCCGUUUAUUUUUUAGCAAAUUAAGAUUUGUUUAGGUAAACAAGAUAACAAUAAAAGAUAUCUACCUGAUCAGUAAUAUUUACAUAAUUAAUGAUAAUCCUCGGUAAAAUGUGGCAAAUUUUUUUCCCCCCAAAAAGGGAAAGGUCCCCGACUUAUGAGUGAUCUGUCCAUUAGCUGAGUAAAUGUGUGUUUUUUUGUGUUUUCUGUAAAUGCUGGACAAUGUAUUAUUCUGCCUUUUGUUCACUGAUUGUAAGUUUUUAGGGUAAAAAAUGUUCUCUGUUCACACAUAUACAUGUAUGACAAAUCUUUUAGGCAACUCACUAGUAAGAGUGACAAUGUGUCAGUGUGCAAAAAAUGUUAUAUUUGUCCUUUUGACAUAAUUUUAAAAUGAGCUGCGUCACGACAAAACCAACAUAAUGCGUUUGCGACCAGCAUGGAUCCAGACCAGCCUGCGCAUCUGCGCAGUCUGAUCAAGAUCCAUGCUGUUCGCUACCAUUUUUCCUACUUGUAAUAGGGUUUGUAAGUGAACAGCAUGGAUCCUGUGCGGAUGCGCAGGCUGGUCUGGAUCCAUGCUGGUUGCAAACGCAUAACAUUGGUUUUGUUGUGACACGGCUCAAAUUAUUUCACUAUAUAUAUAUAUUUGUAAGUUGGCCAGUCUUGUUUUAAUAAGCUUUAAAUUUGUUUUGUACUUUAUUGUAACAAUACCUAACAUGAUGUUUGACAUCCUUCAGUGUUGAAAUGUUGUUAAUCACAGUUACUUCCCUUAGACUAAUAUUGGUAUUUUACCUGAGAAAAAAAGAAUGAUAUUGGUUAUGUGAAAAUAUUCUAAGACACGCCUUAACCAGAACUGCAUCAGGGAUUUAAAGUUCAAAUUAUAUAUAUCUUUUUAGAAUAAAGACACUUAUGCUGACUUGAAUAACAAUUAAUAAAUUAGAUUGGUGAAUGAUGGCAGCUGGCAUAAAGUAUUUUCUUCUAUAGGGAACUCUCAAUUUUUCUAAAAGGAUUUCAGUUAAACUGAAGGAUAUAACCUUAACUUUCUUAGUAUGAAUGCCAUGAAAUGCUCUCCUGCAUUUUGAUUGGAUAUUGUGAUUUGAUUAUUUUUGGCUGACUUGUUGCCCUUUGUUGUUAUUGUUGUUGUUUAUCACAUAAUUAUUGGCAGAAAAGCAUGUUUUGUGACAAUUUCCUGCCACUUGUUAGAAAUUUAAUCAGACUGCAACAUUAAGAAAUGAAAAUAUUAAUAUUAAUAACACAUUUCUGCACUGGUGCACUAAAGUUUUUUUCUAGAGACUGAAUUUUUGAUAGUACAUGUAUGUACAUGUAUGUAGAUUGCACUAUCAAGUAAAGAUUUGUUAUGGUAGAUCUUUAUUAUUGUUUGAUGAUUUUCCAUGGAGUUGAAGUUUUUAUUUUUUGUCACGAAGUACAAUGCCUUGCUUUUUGUCUGUUUCAUCUGACAUAUCAACAUUUUCAGGACCAGAGACAGAAUUUGAUGUAAGGGAAUAUCAGUUUAACCCAUUACCUCAUGAGCAUUUAACGAAAAAUUGCUGUUUUACAAGUUCAAACUGCUAUCAAACUAUAAAACAUGCUUCAAUGCUGAUUAAACUUGGCACAAAUGUUGACUUGACCAUUGCUUUUGUAACAACAUGCUCUAUCUUAAAUUUCCUGUUAUCACUAAUAUUUAUUUUGCGUUUAUUUCUUUCCAUCAAAACUGAUCUCAAAGUGCUGCAACUUCUCAAUGGAAUUGAGAUAGAGUCAAUUGCUUUUCAUUGUUGGUUACACGUUACCUUAAGAUCGACCUUAAGCCAUUUUAAGCCUCUCACAAGUCCAAAAUUUUCUUGGUGAAACAAAACGAAAAAGUAGGGUAUUUUUUCACUAUUUGAGGCCUCAAAAAGGGGGUUGGUGAUGAGCCAUCAAAACAUGUCUAUAUGAGCGUGAAGGUUAACAACAUCUUUAAUCAAGCUUUUUCUCAAUGUCACAAUUUAAAAUUUAGCAGUUUGAUUUCUGUCUCUCAGGUGAUGUAUUUCAUUUAUAACAGUUUAUUAAUCCACCUUUCUGUUUCUCCGUCCACUAGUGUGUAUUAAUUUUCAUAUCUAGUUCUACUUUGGUCAUUUGAUUAAUUUUUUGUUUUAACAGAUAUACAUCAGGACUUUGCAUGUGCUCAUUUUAUUGACAGCUUUAAAAGUUUUUUUUCUUUGUUUUUUGGAUUUCUAUUGUUGCUAUUGUGUUCAUUCUUGCACUUUUGAAAGUUGCAUGCCUCUAUAUGAGUCAAAAUAUUUUGAGGAAAUUAAACAUGAGAAAAAUGUACUAAGAUUUUAAAAUAAAUAAAAAGAUUUAAGAGUCAAGAAAUAAUUAAUGUGUUAUGCACGAUUAAGGACAGAUUUUGUUGUAUUUAUCACCAUAUUUCUACUGCAUUACUAACACAGUAGGGGCUAUUUUUGCUUAUUUUGACUUUUUUGUGAUAAUUAAUGAAGAUUGCAAUGUGUUAAUUAUUUUCUUUGUUCGCUUCAUAAAAUUUUACUUUUAAAUACAUUUUUGAAAUUUUCAUGAAAAUCUGGAGGCAUGCUACUUUAAAUGGCAUGAAGUUACUUAAAUGUUAUAUUGAACUGUCAAUUAUUGGAUUUUGUAACCUAGCUGGACCAAUAAAGAUAUCAUAAUUGGAGUAGAGUGUAAGUUAAUUUAUAGAAAUGCAUGAGAUAUAUUCACCCAAAACAUACAGAGAAAUUAAUACUAUAUUCGCCCAGAAUAAUUUCAAAAUUGUUAAAAUUCUGUAAAAGGUUUAUGGGUGAAAUUAAGAUUAACAUUAAAUAAAUUUUUAAAACUUGAUUAACAACAAACAGAAACUGGUUCAGAAUCCAGUUAAUUGUCCAAUGAUAUAUUAUUAGUUAUAAAGAUUUUUGACAAGUUAUAUGGCCCUAUUUAACUGGUUGUUUGGAUAUAUAAACUGAGCCAUUAGGCGAGGGUUAUAUUGAAAACAUCUGUCUAUAUACAGUCAUAUAACCUGUCGGGAAUAUUUAUAACAAAUUUAUAAUACAGCAAACUUGCUUUUAAGGGAAAAAGUAAGAUUUCUUCAUAAAUUGAUAGCAGCCAUAGAUAAAAAGCUAUGUAAACAUCACUAUUAUCCAAUGAAAAGAACGUUUCCAGCAUGCUUUAUUUUGAAAAUGAAUUACUAUUAUGUUUGGUUCAUUUUGGUUGCA